AUGAAGCUGAGUGGAAGCCUGGUGGGAGACAGACUGCUUCAACUCACACCGCUGGCCGCCAUGGGUGGCUUCGUGGCGAAAGGAAAGGGCGGUCCCGGCAAGGACGAGGGGCCGAAAAGCCUCAAGGCCGACAUGAUGGAGGACGAAGCAGAGGACUCCGAAGAUGAGGAGCAUCAGAUGGAGAAGGAUGCGCUUCGGGCCAUGGAGGUCGGUGGAAGAGAAAGUCUGGCCGCAGCUUACGAAGCAAUGGCAGCCAAGGAGGUCGUCUAUGACACUUUCUCCGAUGAGCUGCGUGCUGGCUACAUUGCAAGGGUGCAGGCCCGCGAAGCUUGGUGCGAAGAAGUGGAGACGUCGCACGAGCAGAGAGAAGCGCGAGACAAG